UCCCUCUUUUGCCUCCAUUCGCCUCCGCCAUUACGAUUUGGUUGCUCAGUCGGUCGGUGGAAGUUUGGAACGAAAACAAAAUCUCUCUCCUCAAUCUCGACCUUCGAAUCUGUCGUUCUUCUUCACAUUUGUUGCCACUACUUGGGAAGAAUCGAAAAUUUUCUUCGAGUUUAAAGAUGAGACGAAGAGCUGCGGAGGCACAGUCGAAAUCCAAAUCCCUUCUCUAAUGGAGUUCAAGGAUUCAAGAAGCAGUAGCGACUGCGAUGCCAAGCUAGAGAUCCGUCCGGUUCCGUUUAUUAUCGAUCUCAACGAGAUCCCUUGUUCUUCUUCGCUUGAAUCCCCUUCCGCUGUUAUCGACGCUUACGCCGUUGUUCGUUCGUUCCAUGACAAUCCAACUCCUUAUCCCGGGGCUGCCGCGGAGUUACCUGGUGAGACUCGUGGUGGCUCGGCUUGCAGUGCAUGUGGGCGCCCUGAGGUUAGGGGCAGCGUGGUGGUCUGCGAUGGCUGCGAGCGCGGUUUUCACCUUAGCUGCGCAAGAAUGCGGGGACGCCAGGCCAUCAUGCUCGAGGACUGGAUGUGCGAUGAUUGUAUGAGCAAAGGAACUGGGAGCAAGCGCUGGCCGUUGGGAGGGGUUCUCUCGGGCUCAAAACGGAGUGGUGUUAGGCUUUUGGAUAUCAAUGCGUCCCCUCCGAGUGACGGGGAGGGUGAGGCAAGCGAUGACUUCCAUAGUUCCAGAAUGCAAACUCCUGGUGAACAUUCUUUUACUGCUAUCCCAUGUGGUGCCCAAACAACAAAUUCAAACUCGUGGCAUAUGGAAAAUGGAUUUGAUAAACAAAAGGAUUCUGGUGCAGUGAUACGCACAGUCAACUCAAGUUCCAAACAGGUAGUGAACCACAUACCGAGUAUGAGUAGAAGUCUUGAGGAGGUAGAUUUGAGCUCCACUCUUAAGGGGAGACUUAGGACUAAUAGUAAUACAGCCAUUACAUUAUCCCAUCAGAAUCCAAGUGAUAAGUUUUUGAAGGCAUUGAGAGAUUUUGUUUUUGAAAGGCAAGGUGUAUUGGCAGAAGGUUGGUGUGUAGAACUUAAGCCACAGGGAGGGAGACAUGAUCCCAUCGCAGUUUAUUGUUCUCCAGAAGGGAAAAGGUUUGAAUCAAUUGCAGAUGUUGCCUGUCACCUUGGGCUGUUAUCCACUUGCAAUUCUAUCGAAACAGAGGAUAUAAAUGGUGGCUAUACUUCAGUGCAGAAGGGCUUGCUUUAUCGCAGAAGAAGAAAAGAAUCGGCAAGACUUUCACGUACCAGUAGUUUGAUAGAAAAUCAAGAACCCGGGAGAAGCAGUUAUGGUAGGGAGCCCUCUUCUGAUGUUGAGGUCAUGGAGACACCGUCCUGCAAAAUAGGCAAUAGUGUUAGAGUUGCAGAAGCUGUGGCAGAGGGAGACGGUGGUAGCGGGGUUAAGCAACCUAAGGAUGGAUUUCCAUUGCAGUAUGAAGAUUUCUUUGUUCUUAAUUUGGGGGAGGUUGAUGGUCGACCAUCAUAUCAUGACACUAGCCAGAUCUGGCCUGUUGGUUACCAAUCCUGUUGGCAUGAUAAGAUUACAGGAUCUCUUUUUACUUGUCAUGUGUUGGAAGGUGGUAAUUCUGGACCUAUUUUCGGGGUCACAAGACAUCCAUGUUCUGAGGUGCCCAUUCCUGAUGGGUCAACUAUCCUCUCAAGGCCAAACCUUGGCCGGUCUAAUUCAAAGGAUGAAGCAGAAGGUGAUGAUCCCACUACCUUUGAUAUGGCAUACGAUGAUGAUGCUAAUAUUCAGUUGAUUCUAUCAGAUCCCUGCCCUCCACUUUUUGAACAUGACUUUUUAUCUUGUUUUCGAAGUUGUUUGAGUGACACUUCUGAUUUUCAUUCAAUGGGUUUGACACCUCCAUUCAGUUGCGUUAAAGAAAAACCUGGUGAAUGCUUACCCAAGAAUUCAGGGUUGAGGGAUCAAAUUGGAGAGUUCUCAGUCGAGGGGAGCUCUACCUCAUCAGUAUGGAGAAUGGUGUCUCAGACUUUUGUUGGUGUCUGCCGUGAAGUCUUCAAGCGGACAGGCACUAUUCAACUUUUAUGCAAGCAUGAUUUGGAUGGGACAUGCUCACCAUGUUCAGCUGCUGCAGAUGCGAAUGCUAUUGAUGUUUCUGGUUCAUUAGCGAAAUUUUGUAGUUUAUCUCCCCCUAUCAACAUCCCAUGCACAACUUGUAGUGAUGAUGAGCUCGAGUCUUUCUGUGAUGUGCUAGCGAAAUGGUUAGACCAGGACAGGUUUGGGCUAGAUAUGGAAUUUGUCCAGGAAAUCAUAGAACAGCUUCCUGGAGUUCAGGCCUGUUCAAAAUACGAACUUUUGAAAAAGAGGAGCUACUAUUCGAUAUCUCAUACCAUUGGAAGUGGGCUUCUUCUUUCUAAGAGAAAAAAUCAAGUAAGAGGUGAGGAAGAAGCUCUGGAUGAUUCAUUUAGAGAAUCUAAAAGAUCCAGGAAGCCAGAUGUGGUUCAAGACCCUAAGUUUAGUAAUCGCUGUCCACCUGGCAAACCUUUAAGCUCAAGGAUUCCUGCAGAGCUUGUUGGUGAUGUUCUUCAGGUAUGGGAGUUAUUAUGGCGUUUCCAUGAGAUUUUGGGUCUGAAGGAACCAUUAACAUUUGAUGAACUUGAGGAGGAACUUGUAAAUCCAUGGUUUGAUGCCUCUAAUUUUGUUGAGAAAUUUGAAAAAGAAGUUCAGGAAUCUAGAGAACUAACUUUGCACAGAAGUGAUAGUACAAGUGGCCAUAUCUUAUCUCCAACUCCAAGCAAUGAAUCAGAUCAUACAGUUCCUGGGGAAAACCCACAUGUAUUCAUUAAAAUGGAAACAGGAUCAAUGAAAGAAGCAGCCCAAGCCAGGCUGGCAUCCCGUACAUACAGCAGAUGCACUGGUGUAGCUUUGACAAAGGUUCAUAGCUCGCUUCUGAAGGUGCUUAUAGGUGAGUUACUGUCCAAGGUUGCACCUCUUGUAGAUCCUAAUUAUGAUGCUGGAGAGUCGAAACCAAGAAGAGGAAGAAAGAAAGAUGCAGAUACCUCAGUUCCCAUAAAAAAAAUGAAGAUUAAUGUGCUUCCCAUUAACGAACUCACCUGGCCAGAAAUUGCUCGGAGAUACAUUUUAGCUGUCUCUUCAAUGGAUGCUAACCUCGACUCGUCAGAGAUAAAUAGUCGGGAAGGUGCAAAAUUGUUUCGCUGCUUACAGGGUGAUGGUGGGGUGCUUUGUGGUUCACUUACUGGAGUAGCAGGGAUGGAAGCUGACGCAUUGCUGCUUGCAGAGGCUACAAAACACAUUUGUGGUUCUGUGAAGAAAGAAAAUGAUGCCUGGGCUGUGGACUGCAAAGAUUCAGAUACAACAGUUGCGAGUGAAACAGUUUCUGUGAAAGAUGGCAAUAUUCCUGAGUGGGCACAAAUGUUGCAACCUGUGAAAAAGCUGCCUACAAAUGUGGGAACCAGGAUUAGAAAAUGCAUCUAUGAUGCUUUGGAGAAAGAUCCUCCGGAAUGGGCAAAGAAGAUAUUGGAGCAUUCAAUCAGUAAAGAAGUUUACAAGGGGAAUGCAUCAGGGCCUACAAAGAAAGCUGUUAUCUCUGUGCUGGCAAUUGUAAGCGGUGAAAAUAUGCCGCAAAAACCUGCUAGGGUUAGAAGGGAAAGGAAAGGAAAUAGCAUUUCAGAUAUGGUUAUGAAACAAUGUCGUAGUGUUCUACGCCGUGCUGCUGCUGAAGAUGAUGAAAGAGUCUUCUGCAAUUUGCUUGGAACGACAUUGUUAAAUUCUAAUGAUAAUGAGGAUGAAGGUGUUCUUGGAUUUCCUGCUAUGGUAUCUCGUCCUUUGGAUUUCAGGACUAUUGACUUGAGAUUGGCUGUUGGAGCUUAUGGUGGAUCACAUGAAGCUUUCCUUGAGGAUGUUCAUGAGGUUUGGCAAAAUAUUCGCACUGCAUAUGGUGAUCGGCCUGAGUUGAUGCAGUUGGCUGAAACAUUAUUUCAAAAAUUUGAGUCAUUAUAUGAAGAGGAGGUUCUCACCCUUGCCCAGAAAUGUGCAGAACUUGCUAAUGCUGAAAGUUUAAGUGCUGAGGCAAAGAAAGAGCUGGACAUCAUUCUUCUGCGUGCAAAUGAGAUUCCUAAAGCUCCUUGGGAUGAGGGAGUUUGUAAAGUGUGUGGCAUUGACAAAGAUGAUGACAGUGUUCUGUUGUGUGAUACCUGUGAUUCAGAGUAUCACACUUAUUGCUUGAACCCUCCUCUCGCAAGGAUCCCUGAAGGGAAUUGGUAUUGUCCUUCAUGUGUUUCUGGUCAUGGUAAAAGUCAUGAUGCAUCAAAACCUGUUAGCAGCUGCCUGGGACGAAAGAGAUAUCAAGGAGAGGACACUUGUAUACUUUCAGAGUCACUGAUCCAUUUGGCAGCAUCGAUGGAAGAGAGAGAAUAUUGGGAGUUAAGCGUGGAGGAGAGGACCUUCUUGCUGAAGUUUUUAUGUGAUGAGGCACUGAACAUAGCGAUCAUUCGUGAGCACCUUGAACUCUGUGCUGAUCUGUCGGUCGACUUGCAACAAAAAUUGCGUUCUCUAGCUCUCGAACUGAGAAACCUAAAGUUCAGAGAAGAAACCUUAGUUGCAAGAGCUGCAAAAGGAAACACAAACAUGCACAAUGGAAUUGGAGAAGUUAGAAGAGAAGAAGGAAUGAACAAUACGCUUACAACCAAUGGGAGAUUGAUGGGCCAGCAGCAUACUUUGAAUAGCAGAACCAAGUCAACCAACUAUUAUCCUACGAGCUCUGCUAAUUUGCUGCAGCAAGAGGAGGAUUGGGAAGGGAGUGAAAUAAAUGAUCUAAACAAACACCCAUUCACCUUUCUUUCAAAAGGGAUUUUGGAGAAACAUUGUGGUGGCAUUGAAUUUCAAAAUAUGAGGCCUGCAGAUAGCCAAACAAAGGAUGUACAUUCUCCCAUGAUUGGCACUCCCUUUUCUCACAUGGUUUGUAGUAAAAAUGAUGUAUCCAACACAAAGAAUCAGCAGCAGCCUUUAUCAACUCAGCAACAAAAAGUUAAUGAUUUGGGCAAGGAGAACCAUAUUCAGAUUCUGAAUGGUAAAUGUGAAUCAGAUGUAGGAAAGAAUGAUACUUUGCGACCUGCUUUUGAUGUUAUACAAGGACCUUGUGCAUCUUCAAACACGAUGAAAAGCCUCCUGGCUGAACAUGUACCUCUUAUUUCUCUGAACUCAGAUGAUGUCCUUGGCCAUAGUGGUAUUCAACCUGUUUUGGAUGAUUUGCAAGGCUACAAUCUUGAAGUGGACUCUCUCAAGAAUGAGAUUAAAGUUUUACAGGAUUCCAUUGCUGAUGUAGAAUCACAGUUUCUUAAGGUAUCUGUACGGAGGGACUUCUUGGGUAGGGACUGUGCUGGUCAACUGUACUGGGUUUUAGCCUGGCCGGGUAGAUGUCCUUGCUUGGUUGUUGAUAGGAAUGCAGCAGCACAUCAGAGAAAACAAGAAGUCAAAAUGAACAGGAAUCUGUUUGUGGAUGGUUCAACUUGUAGGUCUCCUUCAUUUGGCAGAGAGAUUUAUCAAAGUUCAAGAGGAUCCAAUGAUUUCAGACUCUAUGGGCAUGAAUCGAAUGAUGGCAUUCCUGGAUCUGCCUCAUGGGUUUUCUAUGAAUCUGAUGCAGAAAUUCAAGAACUAAUUGGUUGGCUGAGUGCAAGUGAUCCAAGAGAGAGAGAAUUAAAGGAGUCCAUUUUUCAAUGGCAGAAAUUGAGGUCUGUAGAUGGUCAACAUGGUAAAAUCCAUAUUAGGGAUGACUCUCAGGUUGCUUCAUUGCAGCCCCUAGAUUUCGAGAAAGUUACAUCUCCAGAUUGUCUCAUUACUCAGGCUUCUACCAUACUGGAGAAAAAGUAUGGUCCAUGCUUGGAGCCUGAAACUACUGACAUUCCCAAGAAACGAGGUAGGAAGGCAAAAGUAACUUAUGAACAGAGAAUGUAUAGAUGUGAGUGUCUAGAGCCCAUAUGGGCUUCCAGACACCAUUGCCUGUCAUGCCAUCAGACAUUUUGCACUAAUGGGGAACUUGAAAUGCAUAAUGAUGGAAGGUGCAAUUCAGGUGCCUCGGCUCUUGACAUUGGCAAGGAAAAUGAUGAUCCCUUGAAAGGGAAAGGGAUGAUGAAGUUUGAAACCACACAACAGGAGUACACUGCUGAAGUGGACAUACUUGAAGGAUCGAAGAAUGGAAGGUUUGACAUUAAUACCAGGUUGAUCAAAUUUCAGAACAAGGGAAUAGUGUGUCCAUAUGGCAUUGAGGAGAUCAAUACCAAGUUUGUCACGAAAGGUUCUAAUAAGGAACUGGUGCGAGAAAUUGGGCUUAUUGGUUCUAAUGGGGUUCCUUCUUUUCUCUCGUCAAGCUCUCCUUAUCUAAGUGACCCUACACUAGUGUUGGUUCCUACUCAAAAAGAUGAAGCUGAUCCAGUUGUUGGGCCUGCUGUUGUGGAAAAGCAGUUGCCAUUUUCUUUAGAAAACAGUGUUGGAUUUAACACAAGCAGUGACAAUAUUACCAAUAGUUCACCAAGAAGAUGUGCUCCAAAUGGCAAUGAUGAGGAGGCAUUAAAAUCUGAAAGAUCCAAAUUGGAAUGUUCAACGGAUAGAGAUCAAAUUUCUUCCAUAAGUAAUAAAACUCGGGAACCGGAGGUUGGCCCCUGCUGCAUAGUCCCAGAGUCUUCAUUGAGACCAUUGGUAGGCAAUGUUUCUCAGAUACUAAGGCGGCUGAAGAUCAACUUGCUUGAUAUGGAUGCUGCCCUCCCAGAGGAAGCAGUCAGAACAUCAAAGUCACACCUGACAAAGAGAUGUGCCUGGCGUGCAUUUGUCAAAUCUGCAGGUUCAAUAUUUGAGAUGGUUCAAGCGACAAUCAUUUUUGAGGAGAUGAUCAAGACGGAGUACUUGAGAAAUGAGUGGUGGUAUUGGUCAUCACUUUCUGCUGCAGUGAAGAACUCUACUAUCUCCUCCCUUGCCCUCCGCAUAUACACAUUGGAUGCUGCCAUUGUAUACCAGAAGGUUCCACUAAAUUUGGAUCCAACGGACAAUCCCAAGCCUAGCAGUAAGUCAGGCAAGAAGAAGAAAGAUACAGAAGAUUGAUUUAGUACUCAUUUGUCUCUAACUUUUGGAGGAAUCACAUCAAAUCUGAUCUCAGUGGAAAUGAGGUGAGAGAUGGCCCCACCCUGUAAAAUAUAAAUUGGUACUCCCACCUCAAAUGUCGGCAUGUGCUCCGUCAAAUGGAUAUUGAGGGGGAAAAUGGAAUUUGGGGGAAGUGGCUGUUGCAGUCAUAUUGCCAGCUCUUGUUUGUACAUAUAGAUCAUGGCUGACUUGCUAACAUGGAUGUUGGAUUUAGAGGGAAAGCCCAAAUCAGAGGGAGAGUAUUAUGAGAAGGCUCAGAUUUCAGACUAGCUCCCACUGUUAGGGCGCUCUGAAAUUUUUCUCUUGAGGGGAGAGAAUGGAUAUGCAGUUCCUCGUAAGAGCAAGAUCCACAUCCACAUACAAAGGUACCAAUGUAAAAAGAAGACAAAGAAGAGCAGUUGUAGUUUAAUAUAUCUCAUUCUUUAAAUGUGUUUGGCCUAGCUUCUUGCUCUCAUUUGUACACAGAGUUUCUCCUUAGGUGUCUUUGCUAUAACUAGUGCAGCAUCAAUGCCCGAGAAUAUGGAGGUUUAGUGGAGCAGUUUUUUCCUGGUAAGUGAAAUUCAUGUUUCCUCA